AUGGCGAGCAGCAUAAUCCCUGUCUCCCGCGACACCUCUCCGCGCGCGGAAACCCCUAUCACCACCACGACCACUGAAAAGCAAGACGAGCGCCACCACCACCAGCAAUCCACCUCCAAUGACCCGAACUCAACCAUAACUACAGAGCCCGCUACAGAUUCCCAUAAACUCAGCGGUGCCUUCGAGCCCGAGAAGGAGGAUCACCUCGACCAGCCCAAUGGCGGUUACUACGCGGGUUCCCGCAAGGACUUCCCCUUACCCGCAGACCGCUACCCGCUCCCUCGAGCCAGCGUGAAUCGACUGCUAGAACCGGAGCCGGGCUCGAAGGGUGGCCGCCAACGAAGCUAUCUCGACGACCCCACGCAUCCCAUCCAGGGUUUCUGGACCGAAUCUGGCACUUGGGAGGACUGGCCGCCCAAGUCUCCGCAGCCACCGGAUGGCGACAAAGAUGAUGGACUUGAGAGCCAAGGUGGUGGAGAUAGAAAGGGGAUGGCGGAGUCAAGGGAAGGAGGGGAGGUUGCGGGGGAAGCUAAGGACGGCAACGGACGUUCUCAGGAACAUGGCAAGCGGCCUCAGCCGCAAUCACCUUCGCAAACACGCCGCUCCUCGUAUGACCACGAUACCACCAGUCAUAGCAAACAGAGUAAAGCGAAUGCCAACAGCAGCAGUUUCCACUCGUCCAUUGUCAGCGCGACUGUAGGAACACGGCGGCAGGCCAAUGGCACCAUUGGGUCUGUGUACUCGGGUAAUAAGAUUCGACAUUUGAAGAAGGACGAUGGGAUUCCGCUCUGGCGGAAGGAUAUCCAGUAUGAGUUUCUGAAGCUCGUUUUCGAGGAUAAAACACCUGUGUUUACGCGGCUAUCCGAUGGAGCAAAGGGCUUGGAUUUCGCCGAUAUAUACAUCGAUGCCAUGGCGAGAAGUAGCAAGACCAGCAAGAUUCUGAAGGAUAAGUUACAGAACGAUAAAGCGGCGGCGAUUAGCAUGGCGAUGGUGUGCCUAUUGGUUAAUUUCGGAAGAAUGAAUACCACGCUUAAUUUCUUCCCGGAGAUGCGUGCUCAAUUACGAACAUACCAUUCCAUCCCAUCCCUCCAAGCCCAUCAGGACCCGAAUGCUUACAAGCAGCUUCAAGACGCGCCUAGGCUAAAGUCAAUACUAAAAGGCGCUUCAGAAGACACUGAUCAACCCAAUACCAUUGAAAAGAUUAAGCAGGCGUCCGUCCCCCGUACAAACCCCGUAAAUCUAAUCUUCGUCCUCUCGCAAUAUGCCCCGCGCAUAUCCGAACUACACUUCUUCCCUCCCCGCGACUUUUUCGAUCUAGUCAUGCGCUCCAGUCUGAGCAGUAGGAGUCGCGCAAGGGCUUUUCUAUGGCUCAUGUGGUAUUAUCUGGAGAGUGACUUUUCGGUGCACGAUGCGUUGAAUAACCCGUUCGGGCCGGGGCUAGUGGGUGAAGGCACUGACGGGCUACCGUUGAAAGUGCCAGCCUUUGAGCCGUUGACGGAGGCUGAGGCUGAUGCGGAGAAUGUGGAUACGGCGGAGGAGAUUCAGUUUGGGGAGGAGAAGCAACGGGAGAGGAAACGUCUACCUGUUGACUACGCCAGCGACGACUUAACCUCUGAGAUCGGAACAGGAGAAAGACACAGUAUGACUGGCCGCACUGCUGGUGCUGAUUACACUCUGGACGAUGAGUUAGAUUUCCCUGCUCGAUACCGCUCCGGACGACGCACUAAACGCGAAUCCUCGACAAACCGCUCAUCUUUCAGAACUACGCAACCACGCCGCCUCGUCCUCAAGACGCGAAUGGAUCAGGCGCCAGAUAACACAUCCCCCGCUCCUCCCGGUUCAGCCCACCCAGUUCUCAGCCAAUUCAGUGCCAGUGUCAGCUCCAGCUCACGCGCCGCACAGUCACAUCAACACUAUUCACAUCAACAGGCAGGCAACAGCAGCGCUCGCCGCCCACGCCCGCUAACCCAACAUCAACUCGCCGUCGAGCAACACCGCAAGCAACGUGUCGAUUACCUCCUCGCACAACGCCGGACGGAAGCUCUGAAAGAAAUCCGCGCACGCCGCCAGGGCGAGAUCCCUUUCGUACGGGCGGGGCGCUUAUUACAGAACCUACCCGAGGAUUAUGAUACGGACGACGAGGAUUCGUGGGGGAAGGGUGGGGUGUGCCCACACCCCGAUGAGGAAGAAGACUAUGGCGAAGCGGCGGGGUUUUACUAUUCUGUGUUGAAGAGGGCUGCGAGGAGGUUGCAGCGGUGGGAUUGGGAUUGUAUGGUUGAUGAUGCGAGGAGGAAAGUAGAGAGGGACAGGGAAAGGGAGAAGCUGGAAGAAGCUGAGGCUGAGGCUGAGGUGGAGAGGCAUAAGACUGGCGAGGGGGAGGAGCGGCACAUGUCGUUCAUAAAUGGGACACAUGUCCCUGCCGCCGAACAUGAUAACGACAGCACCAUUACUCCCAUCCGCGCCGCCAAACCCAAAAGCCGCCCAAAGCGGAAAUCGAAACCAGCGGCGGAACCGACCGAAGAAGGGAACGUGGCAGAGAAAAAGCCUCGCGCUAAACCAGGUACAUCAAGUCGUAUUCGCCAGUCUACGGGUGGUGCGCGGAAAUCGCGGGUAUCUACUGGACGCUCGCGGACGAGUGGUGCUCCGUCUGCGGCAGGCGCUGCUUCUACUGCAGAAGCAGCAGCUGAUACAACUGGUGCAACUCCAGAAGCAACUGUAAUGAAGGCAGAGGAGGGCCGUGACGCUGCCACUGUCUCUGAUCAUCUACCCGCGCCGGAUGCUGUUAAUGUAGGUGCGACACCCUCCUCAGACGAUGAUGUGAGCCAUGUUGAUGGAGAUGGUGUCGGGGAUGGGGAUGAGGCGCUCGAUGACAUGGAUAAAGAGCUGUUGGGCGAGCUGAGCGGGGAGGGGGAAGGCAGGGCACGCCCUCACCAUCGGAAGCGCAAACCUCGCGAUGACGAUGAUGACCAUAACGAUGAUAAUGAUGAGGGCGCGUAUGUGUACGCUGGUGCACCAGCAUCAGAAGCUACAGCCGAACAUGUAGAAGCAGAACGUGGAGGAGGUGAAGACGGAGAAAGCGAACGUGCAGACGUGGAGAUGGAAAUAGAAAUGGAAGCGGAAGGGGAAGGGGAAUCCGACGCACCAGGCCCACCCUCAUCUCCGUCAGCAGCACGGUCUCAUCCUCACGCGCACAGGCAGCAGAAGACAUUAAGAUCCGCUCCACCUCGUGCUCCAAGAAUGGGAAACCCUGAAGAGUCGUCACCGCCACCCAUGGCUAUACCUAAACCGCGUUAUUCCAGCGGUGUGAUGAUGGAUUCUUAUCGGGAUAGUGAUGUUGAGGGGUCUAGUUAUUUAGGGGAUGGGGAUGAGACGAGGCUCAGUGAACACGGACGAGAGCGGGGCGAUGAUACGGAUGAGAUUGAAGAGGAGGAGGGGGAGGAGGAGGAUGGUGAUGAAGGGGAGGGAGCUGGCGAAGAGUCUGGUGAGGGUGAUGGGGCGAGUUCGGAGAUGGAAGUUGAGGAGGAAGCGGGUGAGGGUGAGGGUGAUGGAGAUCAAGUUAUGGCUGAUGCGUAA